CACCGCUUAUGUUAUCAGUAUCACUUCGUUGAUACAGAAAUUAUCGUCAGUUCUAAGUUAUUUCACAAUGACGAACUGGAAACAAAAGGUCAUAGUAAUCACAGGUGCUAGUGCAGGCAUUGGGGAAGGAACAGCGCUACACUUCGCCAAAUUUGGGGCUAAACUGUUUCUUACUGGUCGAAAUAGCGAUAAUUUACAAAAUACAAAAGACCAGUGUGUGCAGUUAGGGUUACCUGAUGAAAAUAUUGGUUCGGUUGUCGGAGAUAUUACAGAUAAAACUGUGCAGUCAAAAAUAUUAUCUGGUGCUAUAGAGAAAUACGGAAAAAUAGAUGUACUUGUAAAUAAUGCAGGAAUGGUGCACUAUCUGAAAACUGGUGAUACAUCAGAUGAAGAGUAUGAUGAAAUGUUUGACACAAAUGUCAAGGCACAAUUCAUGCUAACAAAAGCCGCCAUGGAAUAUAUAAAACAAACAAAAGGAAAUAUUGUAUUUGUUUCAAGUAUUUGUGGCGGUAGACCGAUGGGAGAGCUACCUGUAUAUUGUAUGAGUAAAGCGGCUAUUGAUAUGUUUACACAAUGUCUUGCUUUAGAAUUGGCGCCAUUUGGUGUAAGAGUAAACUCUGUUAAUCCAGGUACAAUAGUGUCGAAGAUAGCUAGACGCGGAGAAAGAGGAUACCAUUCUGAUGAAGACUAUCAAAAGUUCUUAGUUGCACAAGCAGCAAAACAUCCACUAGGAAGAGUAGGCGUACCAGAAGAUGUGGCCUCAGCAAUUUCUUUCUUAGCUUCCGAUGAGGCAUCAUUUAUUUCUGGUCAGAUUUUAUAUGUAGAUGGCGCACGGCAUUGUAUAUCUGCUGGAGUAACAACAAGUGUUAAAUAAAACGUGUAAUUGUUUA